AUGGAGAGUCUGCAAUGGAGAGUCUGCAAUGGAGACUGCAACCAGUCAGUAAACCGCAUCACUGUUGCCGCCGAGUCGCGUCGCCUUACACACGGUCAUGGCUCCUUGGUGGUCGCUGUGACUAAAACGAUUGAGUUGCUUCUGCUCAUUAAUCAAUUCGCCUCUCGGGCAACAAGUGGCCAAGCACCCCCACACCAGUCCAAGAUGGUCAAGUCCUUCGCGUCGUUCGUGACGUCUGCCGCUCUCCUCCUUGCGGUUGCCACCUCCGCUUCUUUGCCGAAUGGGUCGUGGCCCGCCAGCAAGGGCACCGUGCAGUACUCGCAGGCCUACAUCGUCAAGGCCGGUGAGGUCUUCGACGGCAAGAUGAAGACGUUCGAGCGCUCCGACGUGUCGUGCGAGGGCCAAACCGAAAGCGGAUCGGACACGGCGGUGUUCAAAGUGGAGGCCGGCGGCCACCUCAAGAAUGUCAUCAUCGGCAAGAACCAAAUGGAGGGCGUGCACUGCGACAAGCAUGACUGCAUUAUCGAAAACGUGUGGUGGGAUGAUGUGUGCGAGGACGCUCUCAGUGUCAAGGGCGGAACUGCGUCCAGUGUGACCAAGGUCAUCGGUGGCGGUGCCCGUUACGCCGACGAUAAGGUCAUCCAGCACAACGGCUUCGGUACGGUCGAGAUCGACGGCUUCUACGGCGAGGACAUCAGCAAGCUCUACCGCUCAUGCGGCACCUGUGGCAACCGACCCAAGAAGGUGUCCGUGUCCAACACGUACGUCCUCAACCCGACCAACGCCAUCGUGACAGUCAACAAGAACUGGGGCGACCAGGCCACACUCAGCAACGUCUGGGUCAAGUCGAGCAAGGCCACCGUCAAGGUGUGCCAGUGGUCACAGGGUAACGCCAACGGCGAGCCCAAGAUGCUUGGCCACGGUCCGUCCAACCCACUGUGCCAGUACUCGGAGAGCGACGUUCACAUCAACGAGGACAUUUCCAAGGCAGCAAAGACUCCGUCGGACCUUCUGACCAUUCAUCGCGUUUAUUCCUUACUGAAAGCUCGCUGUCGCAUUUUCAAACUUGCUACCAACCUCCCAACAUCUCCCAUCCUCCCAGUCGCCACGGUGACCGACAACCUGCUCUCUGCGCCGCCCACAAGGCCCACCUUCUCGCCCAGGCAAAUCGCCACCUUCUUCUUCUCGCCCUGCGCGGAUGAAGAAGCGCACCCGGACUUCGACAGCGCCAUGCGUGACGCGACUGUGGCCUCGACGGGAACACUAAUUCUGUGGGUGAGCCAAAAGGCAUCCAACCGUUAUGCCUGGGUGAGGUGGGUCAUCAUGGGCAACCUGCCGUUCUCAUUUUGCGAGUCGAAUGAGACCCGACGGUAUACAAACCUUAACCCCAUCUCUGAGGAGGCACUGACAGCUAUCAUGGAGGCUGUGAUGAAGGCAGUGGAGAAGGCUAUAGGGGACGAGAUGUCUGAUAACUUCGGUCUCGUUCUCGACGGUUGA